AUGCUGUCUCUCAGGGCAAGCACACGCACCAUUUCGCAGCUCACUAGACUCUCCUCGCGUGCCCCCUCCGUUCCGCUACAAUGCACACGCGCAUACGCCCUCUCACGCUUUGAGAGGCCCCGUCCUGGUGUCGGUCGCCAACGCCCCAAGCUCGACUCUCAGCAGGCUCGAAGACGGGACGAUCCGCUCUCUGACGCGGCUUCGCAGCCUCCUCCAGGUACAGACCCGUUCGCGCGGGAGGACCAGCCGUCCGCGGCCCAGUCGCCGUUAUGGGAGGAGAGCGUGCGUGCACCUGCGAGCAAUCCGGAAGAAAGCCUCCAUAAGCUGCUCAUGGAGAACAGCCGGUUGAUCAUCACCCGAGAGAUCGAGAUGCUCAAUAUAUUCAUGGGCUUCGAGCAGGCAAAUCGCUAUGUUAUCACGAACGAGGCGGGGGAGACAUUGGGUUACAUCGCCGAGGAGCCCCGGGGCUUCCUCUCGAUGUUCUCGCGGCAGGUGUUCCGCACACACCGACCGUUCCGCGCAAUUGUCAUGGACAGCCAAGGGUCGCCCAUCCUCUGGCUCCGUAGACCGUUCGCGUUCAUCAACUCGCGGAUGUACGUCCAACGACUAAAGGAUUUCGACGCGUACACGCCUGAAGGCGAGCCCGUCCUGGACACGUUUGCGGAGGUACAGCAGCGUUGGCACCCAUGGCGAAGACGAUAUGAUCUCUUCCUGCGAGAGACCCCGCACCGCAUACUGUCUACACUAAACGAGCCGCAGCCUGAACCCGAGCCAGAUCUCUUUAAUCAGUUUGCAAGGAUCGACGGCGGCUUCCUGGCGUGGCACUUCAGUCUCAUGGCCGCGCGGGGAGAGGCUAUUGCGAGCGUAAAUCGUGCCUUCCGAGGAUUCGGUCGUGAGCUGUUCACAGACACAGGUCAAUAUUUCGUCAACUUCGAUGGGGCGGCGGCGAGUGAGGAAGACGGGUCAGUCGGGAAGCAGUACCUGAUCCGCAAUCUCUCUGUUGAGGAGCGCGCUCUCGUGUUGGCGACUGCUGUCAACAUCGACUUCGAUUACUUCUCGAGACAUUCAGGAGGAGGAAUGGGAGGGUAA